AUCUCCCCGAGCUCAUUCUGCCUCCUCUUCCUCAAAAGCCGUCCUUGAACUCUUAGUGCCUGAAUUUGACGUCAUAUCCGGAAUGGCUGACUGGCGAGACUGGGCGCUGAAGGCCUGCCUAUUUUUCCUUUCUCGUUUUCCUUUAGUAAACGCAGUGACGUUGCUUAUGGUGAUAGGAGCAACAGCAAUCAGAGAGGAAGACUCCCCGUUGCCACCUAAACUGGUAUAUGGUCAUGUAAUCGUGCAAGUGGUCUGUGGAAUGGCAUACCAAUUAAAAUGGAAAAGAAAGGAAGUCUCUCUGAUUUUGUGUGGACAGAUGCUACAUCUUGCUUAUGUAGCACUCACAUAUCCAAAACUUCAGUAUAGUGAUUGGCUCAGGGUCAAAAUUGCCAGCCGUCUUCUUGGUCCAGUUGGGGUUUACCUUUACUUUGCUGACUUGCUGAACAAAACAUCAUCCAAACAGCUUAGAAAAUCUUCAGAGGCAAUCCUUGGGACCUACUUGGUCUGCAUAUCAUACCUGCUAUUGAACAGUUCUGAUGACAAAAAUGGACUAAAAGCUCAUUUGCCAGGAGGAGACUGGGCAUUGUAUGUCAUAGUUGGCAUGUUAGGAGCAUGCAGUGUUGCUUUGUUUUCUGGGAUGUACUUGAGGGAUGCCUGUUACCUUACAAUAGGCCUAAUAACAUUAUACAGUGUAUUUAUUGAAGGUGACAUAGACUUUUGGACUAAAAGACGCAGAGUACCUUACUGGGUUCACAUAAGACUUAUUUUAGAUAAUGUUUGUGUAAUAGUGGGGCUUAUUUUUAUGAGAUUAAUGCAUGGAAGAAAGAUGAAGAUAGAUUAAGAAAGUUUAAUAUUUUAAAUUGGUAUUUUUUGCUCUAUUUAUUGUAGUAAUUUCUGAGGGUUGCUAAAUAGUCUAUUUUAGACAGAUUUUGGAAUAUGAAAUAUUUCCACCAAGAUACCGGUGCUAAACUGUUAAAUAUUUUAGAGCUGAUAUUUGUGUAUCAUCAAGGAUUAGUUGGUCACAGUUUCCAUGUUGCAAUCUAAUGACCCACAAAGCUACAUCAGUGCUGAGACAAUCUUAAAAAACAAAGAAUCUCUGAUAUUUUAAAAAUGUAUUUUUCAUAUAAAAUAAAAUUAAUUUUUUAAACAUGAUCUAGUGUAUAAAGUCAAUAUGGAGUUCAGUUAAAGUUCUUCAAAUUGUGUAAUGACUAAAUUUACAGAUGUCAAAAAAUUGUGAAAAUGAUUUACUGUGCAAGAGACUUAUUAGCUUUUUCUCCUGGCUUAUUUUGCUCUUGCUCAAAGUGUUAUAUAUAUUC